CAACCCAUCACCGUCACCGCCACACCCGCACCCACGGCCGCGGCUGAGGAUACAUUCCAUGGGCGGGAAGGGGAGCAAGAGCAAGCCUGAGGUCGACAUGGCCCUGGCGGCCGACUUGCUCGUCGCCGCCUGCGCCGACGACUCGGCCGACGAGCUCGUUGGCUACCUGGAGACGGUCAAUGCCACGCCGUUUGUCAAGGCGACAGCAGUGGUUGAGCUGGCGGGUCGUGGAUCCGACAACUUUGGAUCGGGAUCGGCGCUGGCGUUUGCGGUCGCUGCCGGUGCUGCUGACGUCGUUGCAGCACUCAUCGACGCCGGUGCCCCGCCGACAGCCUACCUCCCGUCGGGCACUCCGCUCAUCUUUGUGGCCUGGGAGGCAGGCGCGUACUCGCUGGCGCAUGCUAUGCUAGAGGCCGCGACCAAAGGCGAUGGAAAGUCACUCAAGUAUCUCAAGGACGGCGAGCAGCGAUCGCUGUUACACCGAAUGGUGGCGUCGGACGCGGUGCUCGACGGCGUCACCGCUCCGCCGCUCGCAAGUUGGCUGGCGUUGAUGGUGGCUGGCGGAGCUGUGCUUUCCGACAAGGACAAGGACGGCGCGUCGGCUGUCUUUGCUGCCGUUGCCUCACAGUGGCGGUAUGCCGAUGAGCUGCUGGCGUUUGUGGCGAGCCAUCGCGAGGCGUGCUCAACCAUUGUCGAGGGCGGCGACGUGGCCAACGCAUCUGGUGACUCGCGUGGCACCUCGCUGCUUCAUGCCGCCGUCAGCUCUGGCUCGCUCAGUCUGGUCCAGGCUGUCCUCCAGCUCAAGCCAGCCCUCGAUGCGGCGCGCUGCGAUGGAGUCACCCCGCUGGCGAUGGCGGUCUCGUCAGGGGCGGCCGACAUGGUGAACCUGCUGCUGGCGGCUGUUGCCGAGCGGCCCGAGGCUGAUCUUGCUCUUGGCAUGCGAACUGCAGCCGGCGAGUCACUUCUCACUCUUUGCGGUGACAACGCGGCGCUGCGAGCAACGGUUGCCGGCGCAAUGACAGCUGCGCAGCUGGCGCGCGUCGAAGCCGACGAUGCUAUGCACAGAGCCGCCGGCUGCACCCCCGACACUGCGCUGCGAAUCCAGCUCAUCUCCGACGUCCACACCGAGUUCUUUGAUGAGUGGCGCGAGCUUCUGAUUCCGGCCGCACCGGUCCUGGCACUGCUCGGCGACAUCGGGCUUGUGUACCAGGACAAGUACCGUGAGUUUGUGUUGGAGCAGACGACUCGGUUCGAGCACGUCAUUCUCCUUGCUGGCAACCACGAGUACUACGCCGACAAGACCGGGGCAUGUCCAAAGCAAAGUGUGUCGCAGAUCCUGGCAAGCAUGACCGCGCUCGCGGGCGAGGCUGACAAUCUGCACUUUCUGGACAACGCGGUGCUUGAUCUAGGGGUUUUCCGCAUUGCAGGCACCACGCUUUGGGGGUGCGUCCCGGACGCUGACAUCGACGCGGUGCAAAUGCGGAUGAACGACUACCGGCGGAUCUGGAUCAGCGAUGAGGCGCGACUGACGGUGCGCGAGACGAACGAGUGGCACGCCACCGCCGUCGCGUUUGUGGCUGCCGAGGCAGCCGCCGCCGCCGCCGCGGACCAGACGCUUGUGGUUCUUAGCCACCACGCGCCAACCAUUGCCGCCGGCUACUCCAACAUCGACUUUUACGGCUCGAACCUGACGGGUGCGAUGGGCUCGGACCAGAGCGAACUGCUGCAGCACGAUGCUCUCUCGCUCUGGGCAUACGGCCAUCUCCACUGGUUCUACGACCGGGUUGACAGCUCGGGCACCCGGAUUGUCUCGCAUCCCAAGGGCUACCCUCACGACAAGCUCGAGUGGGCCCGCGAUGGCCUGGUGGUGACUGUGGAACACAGGAUCGGCGUGAGCGCAUGA